CAGGACUGAGACGAGAGGCGAAAGUUUUCAGAUAGAGCUGCAAACAAAACUUAUUGAGCAGUUGCACUCAAGACAAGAUAAUAGAUAGAUAGAGAGCGAGGAGGAUUGAGAGAGAGAGGGAGAGAGAGAGGAGGGCAUUACAUAAUAAAUCGGUAGCUAACAUUCGACCGGGACGAGCACCGACUGACACUUAACUUAUUACUAGGGUCGAACCUAUAUAUAGGCUAUAUAUUUUUUAAGCUUAGGAUUGCAUGACAGUUUAGGUAGGCCUAGUGCAUUAAAAAAAUAGUGUUAAUAGUUUCAAAUGUGUUUAUUGAAUAUUAGCAUGUAGAAUUAUGAGACCUCCGCAGCUUGUCACUCUCCUGGCGCGGAUGAUGAUGAUGAUGAUGAUGUUGACAAAGUUGUCAGGCACGCGCUUCUCUUCAUCCUGAUCGCCUUCUCAACUUUCGCCUCAACUUCUCAUCUGAUGUGUCCUGAAAUUGGAAAACAGGAGUAAACUGUUGCAAAUCACAACUGCGUUCAAGUCCUCAGUGAAAGCUAUGACCUCAGCCACGCCCCCUUCCUCCCGAAGCCCCUCCCCUCAGAAGGUGUGUCACUCACAGACUCAGACAGACGUCCUAAAGCCACUCCUGGGCGGAGGAGGCGGGGCUUCGCCAGGAAACGGGCCUGCGGCGUUGAGGCGUCGUCGACGGGUGCUAUCUAAAGAUGGGCGGAGCAACGUUCGCAUCGAACACGUCAGCGGCCGAGGGGCGCUUUACCUGCGUGACCUCUGGACGACCUUUCUGGACAUGCAGUGGCGCUACAAGCUUUUCCUGUUCUCCGCCACCUUCGCCGGCACCUGGUUUGUCUUCGGAGUGCUGUGGUACUUAGUGGCGCUUGUGCAUGGAGAUUUACUAGAGUUUGACCCUCCAUCCAAUCACACGCCGUGUGUGAUGCAGGUCCAAACUCUGACGGGAGCGUUUCUUUUCUCCCUGGAGUCGCAAACUACGAUUGGUUACGGCUUUCGCUGCAUCACUGAGGAAUGUCCGCUCGCCAUCAUCCUGCUUAUUGUCCAGCUGGUCAUCACCAUGGUGAUGGAGAUCUUCAUCACUGGGACCUUCCUUGCUAAGGUAGCCCGGCCAAAAAAACGUGGCGAGACGGUGAAGUUCAGUCAGCAUGCUGUGGUGGCCAAUCACGAGGGCCGACCGUGCCUCAUGAUCCGAGUCGCUAACAUGCGCAAGAGUCUCCUUCUGGGCUGCCAGGUGACAGGUAAGCUCCUGCAGACGUCGGUGACAAAAGAGGGUGAGACGGUACGUCUGGACCAGAGGAAUGUAGCCUUUCAAGUGGACACGUCCAGCGACAGUCCUUUCCUCAUUCUGCCCCUCACUUUCUACCACGUAAUAGAUGACAACAGCCCGAUGCGGGCCUGGGCUGCCAAAGGUGGUGGCUGGACAGAUCCGGAGAUGGCUGACUUCGAGCUGCUGGUGAUCAUGAGUGCUACCGUAGAGCCGACCUCGGCCACGUGCCAGGUGCGCACCUCUUACCUGCCCGACGAGAUCCUGUGGGGCUACGAGUUCCCCCCCGUCGUCUCCCUCUCGCCCUCUGGAAAGUAUGUAGCAGAUUUUGCCUUUUUUGACAAGGUUGCCAAGACCAAGACCCUGCCCGUUUUUAAACAAACCCCGCCUCCCGGCGGCACACAGUCUCCGCAGCAUCAGGGCAGCGGCGGCGGAGGCCAGGACACGGAGAAGAUGCGAUUGGAGGAGAGCUACCGGGAGGAAAGGGGGCGGGAAAGGGGGCGUGUCCGAGACCAGCAUAGCGUCCGCAUUAGUAACGUCUAGAGAGAGAUGAAUGACUGAGAAAGGGAUCUGAUGGAGAUAAACUGCUUGAGUACUCGUUUGAUUCAGCGUUAGCCAACUUUUUUUUUUUUUUUCGAUGCCACUGAGCUUACCUGUUUUAUUAGGUAGCGUGCCAGCAGAGUUGGCUAGCGCUGAAAUACACUGGCAUGCAAGCAUGUAAUAGAGAAGAGAAAGAGAGCGGCUAUGUUCGGAAGAGCACACUAGCAUACUACUCUUGACCGGUUUCUCUAUGAGCAGAACACAAGUUUGAUUCCUUUUCAUGUAAAUUACAAUUACAGGAGCAGAUUAUGUGUUCAUAAAGACUCAUUUUUGCACGGUACGAUGUAAAACAUCUUUACCAUAGUACCAACGAAUAUAUUUAGAUGUUUGCAUGACUUAAUCAGCUCCAUAUGUGUGGCUUUCUGAUGAUUCAGCAAUGCGCUUGUCCCUCAUGUUUGCUUUUUCUCACACUAUACGUUGGGUUUAGCGUAGGCCUACGUUAUUUUCAUUAUCUUUUACCACACUCACCAGAUAUUUCAUUUGGUCAUGAGGGUCUUUCGCCCUAGGCAGGUUUCUCUCACCUGGUGGGUGCGUCUCAAUUACCCCUUUUCCAUCAAAGAAGAACUGGUUCGGAACUGGUGCUGUUCAACUCAGAACCUGUUAGUUUUCCACUGACAAGAGCCCAGCGAAUGACGUUGUUACGUCACUGUGUACGUCACCAUACGUCUUAGCUUUCCCUGCAGACUGAUCUCAUGA